CCUGAAUCGGAGAAAUACACAAGCAAGUGAUAGCUGAUAACUUAUCCGAGAAAUUAUUGCUUUUUAGUCUGUCAGUAGCUCCGUUCAGAAUAACUUGAACUACGAUGGUUCUGGUGUUAAACGGCGUCCUGCAGGAAGACUGCCCGCCGGAUUCCAGGUCAUUGUAUCACACUCACCCUAUAUACAGAGAGACUGCUGCGCAACUGUUGAAUGUUCCUAAUAAAAUUAUAGGCACCGUAGGAUUGCUGUAUGUGCAACAAAGAGAAUUGGCCGCUACUGUACCGCAUGAUAAGAAUGUGAGCAUUCUUGGGGCAGAUGAUGUUACCACCUGCUUGAUUGUAGUCGUUCGUCAUUCUGGGUCAGGUGCGGUGGCAAUGGCGCAUUUGGACGGAUCUGGGACCGACGAAGCCGUUUGCACGAUGGUCCAGAGAGUCCAGGAACUGGCUUUAGGUUAUCCCGAAGGGCGCAUAGAAUUGCAACUAAUAGGAGGAUUCAACGAUCCCCGUCACUAUUCCGAUGAAAUAUUUUUUAAUGUUAUAAAUUCAUUCCACAAGCAUCCGAUAGAAAUCGAUCUGACUCUAGCCUGCACCGGUGAAUUGAACACGACCAUCAGAGGGGGAAUCCCCUGGCCCAUCAUCUACGGCGUCGGGGUGAACGUGAAAACCGGCGAAAUUUUUCCGGCCACAUUUCCAGAUAAAGGCCCCGAUCAUUCCUUGAGGUGCGCCCGAUACCUCACCGGCGUACCACAGGUGCUGGAUAUCUACGACAGUGUUUUGGGCCUGCUGAGAAUAGGCCCUUUCAAUUACGAGCCGCUGCGAGGCGUCGAUUUGUGGCUAGAACAAACGGAUGAUUUUAUUUUGCAGCAUUUAUCUACCUGCCCGGAAGUGCAACCGCCGCAUUUCGUCAUGCAGAUAAGAGCGGCGUUGAAAUAUAUCCAAGAAAACCAGUUUCCUGCUGUGACCGUCUUCAGAGACAAUCGUCCCCGUUAUUACAGGAGAGACGAACACUCGGGCUCGUGGACGCCGAUUAGAUAUUAAACUAUUGAAUAAUAUAUCCGCUGUAUACUUAUUUUGUUGCUUUUUGAUGAGUUUUUUUUUCUGUCUAAGGAUCGCUAACAGGAUGCAUUUUCUUUACGGUGUACUGAUGUUAUUUUGUGCAAAACUGAGUAGGGUAGAGUGAACUUUUAUUAGACGAAAUAUAAAAUGCGUUGAAGAU